AUGGGAUCACUGUUGCCACCACUUAAUGAACAGCCACAAUUUUUACAGAUGUAUUUUAUGGGAGACGACGACGCGUCGACGGAAACUGACGAUCGGUGUCAAAUCAUUCUAGGUAUGGAGCGAGUAACUGUGCCAGGGAGACGAGUUUGCUCGCACGUUGCUCUAUGUAGAAGUGCCAAGGCAUUACACGUGGAAUGCGUCACGAAAAGAAUGGAACGUCGCGUGCAGGGCGCACUCGUCGACGGUUGGCCUGGUGUGAAAGCCUUAGAUGCCCCCGGUAGAAUUUAUUCCGUACACAUAACACACUUUGAGUGUUACUGUGUACGGUUGCUGUUGACUAGAAUACGGGGUCCUACCAGUUUUCAAGCGCUCAAAAUCGUCGUUGGGCAGGAAAAGGCCACUUUCCAAGAAGCAUGUGAAGCGAUGGAGCUGCUUGAAGACGACGGCCACUGGGACGCAACGAACGAGUACGCAAUGUUGUGCCGGUCAGCGACUACGUUGAGAAAGCUCUUUGCGAUUAUGAGAAGCACCUGCGGACCCUCCAACCCCCGGCAAUUGUGGGACAAGUAUAAAAACACUUUGUCAGAAGACAUUGCUCGCCGAUACCAAGGGAUAACACUAGCCGACGAUGACAUAAUUUUUAACGAAGCGCUGAAAUUGUGCAAAGACAAAGUGGUUGCGCUGGCUGCUGCGUCCUCCGGAAUAGCCGCAACCUGGCUGAGUGGUGGCAGAACCGGACACUACGGACCGACGUAUUCAAGCUCCCAGUAG